AUGUAUGCUUGUGCAAAACAACUUGGAAGAAAAAUUAUUCGUGGGACUGUGACCGAUGGACACAACUGGAUUUUCCUCGUCCUUAAAAUGAACCCUAAUGACGACGGCGCCGUAUAUGCUCAGUCUUUGCGACGGACUCGGCUCAUGACCGUAGUUCCUCCUGGUGACGAAGAAAUUUCACGCACAAUGAGUGAUGUGAUCGCUGGAAUAAUCACAUAUUGGCUCUCUGUCCCCGAAGUUAACCCUUUAACACACCUCGCACACCCCACAUUCGUAGACCAGGCCAUGAGUGACUUGUCUGUGCCGCACGAGCUAAACACAGACGAGCAUAAGGCCAUCGUCACCCAUCUAAAGAGCCUGGAAGAAUCCGACUGCGGGGAGGAGGGAAUGCGCUGUUUCCCACUCAGUCUACCAGGAAGGCCCCCGUUGUUCAUCAAACACUCUUACUACGACAUCUUGGCCGAGGCCAACACCCAAAAUUUCUUUUACCUGCUUGCCAAGGACGACGCAUCAGCCCCUCGAAUCCCCAGAGUUUUAGAUGCUUUCUCCUCUGAUGAAGGUGACUGUUUCGUGGUAAUGGAGAAGAUAGAUGCACAGACGUUGGGUGACUGCGGCAUACCAGAAGCAGAAGCCGUAGACCUUGCUGCCUUUGCGGUGAAAUGGCUUCAAGACCAGCUGUCUUCGGUCCCUGACACAGUUUUCGGGAGGAUUUCCUUCGAGGAGGCUCCUGUGUGGCACCAAUUCUUUAAAGACCAUCAACCGCCGGGAGUCUUCGCCAACCCCAAGCAGCUUGCUGAAUACGUCUCAGAGGCGUCUCAGCGCUGCCGACCGAAAGAGCGACGGUUAUCCAUUAAUCAGGUCUUGGCCCUUUUCGGGGACGAUCGUCAAAUUUACCACUGUGACAUCAAGAAGGAGAACUUCCUCCUCAACUCAAAAGGAGUCUGGAUCAUCGACUUUCAGCACAUCGGCGUGCUCCCGCAGGUCUUCCAGACUUACGCCUUCUUCAACAUUGGCGAACCCUUUGCCGCCAAGGUUGGCAGAAAGCUUGGCUAUCGACCUUCGAGAACUGCCAACGCGAUGGUACCGAUCUCGGGCGUACUUCGGCAGUGUGGCGUGAUUCCCAUACCGAAAUUGACUAGCAGGCAUACAUUGCAAGGGAAGUCCUAG